AUGAAGAAAUUGACGCUUUCAUUUUUGGUACUUGCUUUGAUUUGUGCAAGUCUUGGCAAUCCAGCUGAUGCAUAUCAUCCUGCAAUUCUCGGACAGCGUGAACUUGACCUAUAUGGGAAUACUAGGAAACUAAUUGAAGACUUCGUGGAAAAUCUGCAGAAAGCAACAGACGAAGCCAGAGAUGCCAUCAAUGGGUUCACAUCUGGACUACAGGAUGAAGCAAAGCAAAUCAGGGACAAAAUCUCAAACGAUAUACAGAAAAUGCAGGAAAGCGUCACAAACGCUGUAGAAAAUAUGUCUAAUAGAUUUACAGAUUCUGGAUAUGGUGUUCGGGAUUGUGUAACAUCGCACAGUAACGACGUUAGUGCCCUGUUUCACGAGGCAAUAACAAAAGCAACGAGCUGCGUGAGCGAUCGUCUCAAAGAAGCAAACGACCAAAUCCUUGGAUUCACCGCAAUCGUCAACAACGCUGUUCAAUCCAGCAGUAAAGCCUUGGAUGACAUGAGGAAAUGUACCCAAGAAGGAAGUUUUCUUACGACGGGCUCGUGUCUUGGAUCCGUAGCUCUGAACGCGGAAACCAAACUUGUCAGUUUUACUGCACAGAGUGCUGUAACGACUGCUCGCAUCAGCUUGGGAAUAGCAUCGCUGCCAGCAUCAUUAGAGGUCUGCGCAGCAACAAGCCUUGUCGAAGCUGGUAUAGCCACGUCUAGGAUAUUGAUGGAAAUCGGUGGAUGCUCAGCCAAUUCCGUGUUCACAUCUCUCUUCGGAGGCUCUUCUCACACUGCAGUACCAAACAAUGGAAGGUGGUUAGACCUGAAAUUUGAAUCACAGACAGUGGAGAAGACCGAAAAUCCAGGAAAAAUAAUUUUCACACUCGCAAAACAAGAUCCGCAAUUACGUGGCAUACAAGAUAUUUGGAAUACAAUUAAGAACAGUAUUGCUAAUGCUUGGAAUUUCGUAAAAGAUUUGGCUAAUCAUACAAGGCAAAAAGUUCUUGAAUGGAUAGAAAAUAUCAAAAAACGUGCCGAAGAAAUAACCAUAAGCUUCAAAGAAAAAUUAGGUAAACUUAAAGAAAAAGUUUACGAAGUCAUCGAAAAGGUAUUCGGUAACAGCGAAACUGUUAGAGCAUGCAUCGAAGGUGAAAAAGACGUCAUAAAAAAUAGUUUCACAAAACUAAUCUCGGACGCAACUGUUUGCAUAUCUCACGGCUUAGGAGGGCUUACAAUUUUAAAUGCUACGAAGUAUACAGUCAAUGAAACACAAUUUUUAGGAACCGUGGAAAACAAAUUUAAAAUGUGCGAAUUAAGUGAAAAUUUAGAGGAAUGCUUGAACAAAGUAAGGACAGAUGUAUUUGAUGACGUACAAAACAUUGAAGUUAAUGUUUUAAACAAAAGAACAGAAGCUAGAAACAUCGUCGAUAACCUUUUAGAAGCAAUAAGUACGUGUUCAGUAAAUGGCUUAGCGGAGGCAUCAUCUAUAGUUACGAAAGAAAGUCUCAUAAUAGCAAAGUGUAUUUUGAAUAAUUCUACAGAACCAAAUCCUGUAUUGUGAAACUAAGCUUUAUCACCAAAUUUU